AUCUCACUGACCAGAGUCCCAGAGCCCAUCCAAUCCCAACUCCAUCUCUCUUCUCCGCUGCCGCGAGCAAGGGCGACGCCGGCCGCGACGGGGCUCCGCCUCGACCGCGGCGUCGGCGGGAACCCGGGUUCCGCUCCAUCUCUCCUCACUCCCCUUCCGAUCGCUUCUGACUUGUGAAAAUGGCGGAUGAACUACGUUCUUCAUCUGUGGUCCAGAAGGUCCAUGGGCAGUCUGUAUUGUUGAGCAGAAUCGCUUCUUAUUCUGCCAUGAAUAACCCUGUAUUCAACAAUGCGUAUUCUGCUUACAAUGUGCCCCUGAGGUCAUACCAUGGGAUGAAUGCAACUGUUGGACUGUCCUCCAUCAUGGCACCAUCCCCUGUCUUCGCUUCUGCCCCAAAAGAGAAAGGUUUUUCUGGAUUUAUGAUCGACUUUCUGAUGGGUGGAGUUUCUGCUGCUGUCUCCAAGACAGCUGCUGCUCCAAUCGAGCGUGUCAAGCUUUUGAUUCAGAACCAGGAUGAAAUGCUCAAGAGUGGCAGGCUUUCUGAACCCUACAAGGGUAUUGGGGACUGCUUUACCCGGACAAUGAAAGAUGAGGGUGUCAUCGCACUGUGGAGAGGAAACACAGCUAAUGUCAUCCGUUACUUCCCCACACAGGCAUUGAACUUUGCAUUCAAGGACCACUUCAAGCGCAUGUUCAACUUCAAGAAGGACAAGGAUGGAUACUGGAAGUGGUUUGCUGGAAACCUUGCUUCUGGAGGAGCUGCUGGUGCUUGCUCUCUCUUCUUUGUUUACUCUCUGGACUAUGCUCGUACACGUUUGGCCAAUGAUGCCAAGGUUGCAAAGAAGGGGGGUGGUGAGAGGCAGUUCAAUGGACUCGUUGAUGUUUACCGCAAGACCCUUGCCAGUGAUGGUAUCGCUGGCCUCUACCGUGGAUUCAGUAUCUCUUGUGUGGGAAUCAUCGUCUACCGUGGUCUUUACUUUGGAAUGUACGACUCGCUCAAGCCAGUGCUUCUUGUUGGUUCCCUGCAGGAUAACUUCUUCGCCAGCUUCUUGCUUGGUUGGGGCAUAACCAUUGGUGCUGGUCUUGCCUCGUACCCCAUUGAUACUGUUCGGCGCCGCAUGAUGAUGACAUCUGGUGAGGCUGUCAAGUACAAGAGUUCCUUGGAUGCUUUCAAGCAGAUUGUCGCAAAGGAAGGUACCAAGUCCCUCUUCAAGGGUGCUGGUGCAAACAUCCUCCGUGCUGUUGCUGGUGCUGGUGUCCUUGCUGGAUACGACAAGCUCCAGGUGAUCGUCUUUGGCAAGAAGUACGGGUCUGGCGGCGGCUAAGAUUAGAUGAUGAUGAUGACGAUGAACAACAAACAGGAUGUUUUAGGUGCCUUUGAAUAACAUACAUACGGACCACGGACACUAUUUUUAAAUUUAGCACGCGCAGAGGUUUGGUGGCUUGGUUUGUAAUGCGGUUGAUCCCGCUUCUCUUUUUGCGUCGGAGAUUGAAAUAAAUGAAGUUAGAAAUUGCAGUCUUGCAGACCUUAAACCCUGGUA